CUAAACCUGAUGUUCAGGCUAAAGUUAGCAUAGACAGGCUGGUAUAUAAGACCCCAGAGGAGAACUACGAAGAUGUCAGUCACAUCAGUGUGGUGUAUACUUCCCAUCUCUUGACCAACUGCCGAAACUCUCAGAGAUGGCACCCAAGAAGGCAAAGAGGAGGCAGCAGGCAGAGGGUGGCAGCUCUAAUGUCUUCUCCAUGUUUGAACAGAGCCAGAUCCAGGAGUACAAGGAGGCUUUCACAAUCAUCGACCAGAACAGGGAUGGUAUUAUCAGCAAGGAUGAUCUGAGAGAUGUGCUGGCCUCCAUGGGUCAACUAAAUGUGAAAAAUGAGGAGCUGGAAGCUAUGGUCAAAGAGGCUAGUGGCCCCAUCAACUUCACUGUCUUCCUCACCAUGUUUGGUGAGAAGCUGAAGGGUGCUGAUCCUGAGGAUGUUAUCUUGAGUGCUUUCAAAGUCCUGGACCCUGAGGCUACAGGCACCAUCAAGAAGGAAUUCCUUGAGGAACUCCUGACCACCCAGUGUGACAGGUUUACUGCUGAGGAGAUGAAAAAUCUUUGGGCUGCCUUCCCUCCAGAUGUGGCUGGCAAUGUAGACUACAAGAACAUCUGCUAUGUCAUCACACAUGGAGAGGAGAAAGAGGAAGAAUAAUCUCAGUCCAUCAACCAUCUAUCUUCCUUCUCUCAUUACCACAUUUUUUUUCAGCGUCCCCAUGGUCUAUUUGUCCUCUCAAACAAAAACG